UGUUGUGCUCGGUGUCACCUCGUCCGUCGUCCGGGUGCUGGGCUCCUCGGCGGGGGAUGCUGCCGCGGCUGCUGGUGCUGCUGCAGGGAUGGAGUUGAAGACCGCAAACGUUCAACUCUCCGCCGGAGUUUGAAACAAAGGAGACAAAACCAAAAAAAAACAAAACAGCGCGCUGCCUGAGGAUUCUCGCACCAACCGGGAGGAAGUUGGGGGGGAAGUUUGAAGAUGAAGCUGCUGAAGCCGAGCUGGGUGAGCCACAACGGCAAGCCCAUCUUUUCUGUUGACAUUCACCCAGAUGGGACUAAAUUUGCAACCGGCGGCCAAGGGGAGGAUUCCGGGAAGGUGAUGAUCUGGAACAUGGCACCCGUCCUCCGAGAGGAAGAUGAGAAGAAUGAGAACAUUCCCAAAAUGCUUUGCCAGAUGGACAAUCAUCUAGCGUGUGUAAAUUGCGUGCGCUGGUCCAACAACGGACUGUACUUGGCAUCCGGAGGAGACGACAAGCUGGUCAUGGUGUGGAAAAGAGCCGCGUUCAUCGGUCCGAGCACGGUCUUCGGGUCUAGCAGCAAACUGGCCAACGUUGAGCAGUGGAGAUGUGUCACCAUCCUGAGGAACCACACUGGAGAUGUGAUGGACGUGGCGUGGUCUCCUCACGACGUGUGGUUGGCGUCCUGCAGCGUGGACAACACCAUCGUCAUCUGGAACGCUCGCAAAUUCCCAGAGAUGGUCACAUGUCUCCGGGGACACACCGGCCUGGUCAAAGGUCUGACGUGGGACCCGGUGGGCAAGUACAUCGCCUCGCAGGCCGACGACCACAGUCUGAAAGUGUGGAGGACCGUGGACUGGCAGAUGGAGGCCAACAUCACCAAGCCCUUCAACGAGUGCGGCGGAACCACGCACGUCCUCCGUCUGUCCUGGUCCCCCGACGGACAGUACCUGGUGUCGGCUCACGCCAUGAACAACUCGGGACCCACGGCCCAGAUCGUGGAGCGGGACGGCUGGAAGACCAACAUGGACUUCGUGGGACACCGAAAAGCAGUGACGGUGGUGAAAUUUAACCCAAAGAUCUUCAAGAAGAAGCAGAAGAACGGCAGCGCUCCGAAGCCCAGCUGCCCGUACUGCUGCUGCGCCGUGGGCAGCAAAGACCGCUCGCUCUCCGUCUGGUUGACCUCCCUGAAACGCCCCCUGGUGGUCAUCCAUGAUCUGUUUGAUAAAUCCAUCAUGGAUAUUUCCUGGACACUGACAGGUUUGGGCAUGUUGGUGUGUUCAAUGGACGGCACCGUGGCCUACCUGGACUUCUCCUUAGACGAACUCGGGGAUCCGCUGAGCGAAGAGGAGAAGAACACCAUCCAUCAGAACAUCUACGGCAAGAGUCUGGCCAUCACCAGCACGGAGGCGCAGCUGUCCACCACCAUCAUCGAGAACCCGGAGAUGCUCAAGUACCAGCAGGAGAGGCAGACCUCAGCCCAGAACAACUCGGGACCCGCGGGGGCGGGCGGCGAGUCCUCCACCCCCAAACUCAACAGCGUGAUGAAUGGCGAGUCACUGGAGGACAUCAGGAAGAACCUUCUGAAGAAGCAGGUGGAGACCAGAACCGCCGACGGCAGAAGGCGGAUCACGCCGUUGUGUAUCGCUCAACUGGACACCGGGGACUUCUCGCCGGCGCUCUUCAACAGCGUUCCCAUCCUGCCGUCCUCCUUGUCCAACCAGCUGCCGCCCCAGCUCAGCUGUGACUCCGGCCCGGGACAGGCCCCCGCCUCCCUGGGGCUGAGGCCCAGCCAUGACACCAUGCUCGCCCUUCCUCCUCCGCCCAACAUGGCCGCCAAGGGCCUGGAGGACAGCAAGGACGUCAUCAAGUCCAAUCUGCUGCUGCCUGGCGCCUCCAAGAUUGAGCCGAUGAAAGCGUUGGACUCCAGGUUCACAGAGAGGUCAAAGGCCACGCCGGGUGUCACGGCCGCCAUUUGCUCCACUACCGGUCUCACGCCUCUUGACAGGCCUAAAGAUGUCGCGUCCGCGCUGAAAGAAGUAAAGGCCAAAGAAGACACCAGCAGCGACAGUGAGGACAAGAUGGCCGCCAUCAACAAGAACCUGGCCUUGUGCAAACGGAAACCCGAGCUGCUGAUGGACGCCGCCGAGGUCGUGGAGAAGAGGAAGAAGGGGCGGCCCAGGAAAGACAAGAUGGCCCCGCCCAUCGCCCAGCCCUUCACGCAGAGUGUGUUUUUUGACCAUCAGAUUACUUCGCCCCCCGAGCGAGAGCCCGUCAGACUGGCGGCGUCGACUGCGGCGCCAGCGAUUGUCUUCAAACUGCCCACGCCGAGCUUCCAGAAGGCCUUCAGCCUCCAGGUGGGCAUGGAGCCGUCCGUCUUCCUGGAGGUCGAGAACGAGGUAACGGCGGUGGCGGGCUCGAGGCUCAGUCAGCUCCGAUGUUCCCGAGACGGACACGACUGGAACACGCUGCUGUCCAGCUCGGUGCUCGCCGCAGCAGGAAGCAGCGACGUCGUCGCCGUGGCGUGCGAGGACCGGAUGCUCUCCGUCUUCUCUUCCUGCGGCCGCCGCCUCCUGCCUUGCAUCCAGCUGGCCGCGCCCGUGUCAGCCCUCGACUGCUCCGCCCACUACGUCAUGGCGCUGACGGCCGGGGCAACGCUGUCUGUGUGGGACGUCCACAAGCAGAAGGCUCUGGUCAAGAAUGAGUCGCUCAUGACCAUUUUGUCCGGUUCCGAGGCGACAGUGUCUCAGUCUUUGCUGACUCAGCAGGGCGUCCCCGUCAUCGGUCUGUCCAAUGGCAAGUCUUUCUGCUUCAGCUGGUCCCUGGAGACCUGGACCCUGAUCGCGGAUCGAGGGGACUGUCUUGUCCAGUGUGCCGACUUCAGGAGCUGUCUCCCCACCCAGGAUGCACCUGGCUCCUCGGGGCCUCUGGCCACCAUGCAGGGACGCGGCCUCAACGCCGGUCGCAUGGCAUCCCGCCUCUCCGCCGCGCCCCACCACCUGCAGCAGGGCAUGACGUUGGCCUUCCUGGAGAACCAGCUGGCCUCAGCUCUCACCUUGCAGUCGGCGCCGGAGUACCGCUACUGGCUGCUCAUCUACGCCCGCUUCCUGGUCAACGAAGGUUCGGAUUUUAGACUGCGAGAACUUUGUAAGGAGUUGCUGGGUCCUGUACACAAAUCAGCUGCUACCGCCUGGGAGACCACCACUCUGGGUCUACGUAAGAGGGAGUUGUUACGGGAGGUGUUGCCCGUCAUCGGAGAGAACCUGCGAUUCCAGAGACUCUUCACGGAGUACCAGGACCAGCUGGAGCUGCUGCGAAACAAAUAACACACACACACACAUACACACUCUCAUAAUGAACGCUCCUUCGCUCAGCGUCCUGGACGAGACCCUCGGACCUCCUGACUCAGGAGCGUUUUAUCGUCCAAUCACGUCGCUCGGAAGCCCUCCGCGUGUCCCUCGUCUAUGCACCUCCGCCCAAUCAUGGAUUUCCGCCAAAGUGCAGAGCGCCGCCCGCGAAGGGAGGUGACAAAACGCGCGGACGUCACCUCAGCAAUACGCCUCGAACCAAAGCGAUGCCUCGGCGCGUGGAAGGAAGUCGACACAAUCAAACCAACUUGAACGUAAACGUGUCAUGUGACCGAACACGCCAUAGAAGAAUCACCUGACCUCCACCUGGAGCAGCCUUUUUUUUUUAACCACAUCCAAAUCAUGAGACCACCUGGAACAGUAGAAACCAUCCAUCAAGCUUUUACUUUGAAAGCGAAAGGAAGAAUGCCCUCACGCGCACAAGCAUGAGGAACACGACACUCUCCUGUUUUAGAGGAGUUCAGACUUUGGUGCAGCAAAGAAUUAAAAGCUCCCCGUCACGCCCCUGCUGGUCCGUUUGUGUAAAUACGAUGAAAUCAACAAAAGCACGUUGACAAGUCUUUUUUCCUCUGUGUGAGUGUCGCAACAAUCACUUCCGCUUGUUUUGUUUAACUUUCAUUAGUUCAACAUUUGGAUUAAUUGUAUGUGUGCGUGUCUGUUUCCUUUUUUUUUUUAACGUGUGUACUUAUUUUGUGGCUUUUCUAUUUGAAAAAAGCAGAGCACUAAAAUGUUGCUUUGACGAAAGAAGAAAAAUUAAACAUUUGGUUUUUGCUA